CACCUAUCUCUUCAUUUUUACAAACAAACAACAAAUAUGCCAAUCUUUCAAUCUGAAUCCCUAGAAUUAAAAUUCCUCCCCCUUUUCCCAUUGAUCUUCCCUCUCUUUCCUCCUUCCCUAUUUUAUAUGCACCACAGUUUUGACUAGCCCAGUUUCUCCCCCUCUCUCUCUCCGACGACUCAUCCCCCCAGGUGCGUAUGAUCAAAACCCAUCCCGAUUUCUCGUGCAUUCUGUUAAUACAUCGCGUCGAGGUAUCGAUUACGUGUGCAAAAAGGGGACAUAUACUGUCAAGUUGCAAUUUUUGGGGGGGUUUCUCUGAGUAACCAUUAGACCAAUCAGAGUUUAGCGAGUACCGAGGACGAGGGUUCUUGGUAUUUGCAAUUUUUAUCCUGAUUUUUCGAUUGAGGGGAAGAGCUCGGUUUCUUUCUUUUUGGACCCCGGGGUUUGAAUUUCGGUGAGCUCUGGGGUUCAUAUUCAUAUCUAGUUUGUUUCGAGUUCUUCAAUUUAGGUUGUUUUUUAUUUGUUUGAAGCUCUAUGGAUAGUGAGUUGGUAAAAAGGGGUUUUGAUUUCACUAGAAGGAAGAAGAAAUGGUUGGUCGCGAUGGGAUUGGUUGGGGUUUCGAGCUACGGUGUGUAUAGGGUGUAUCACAUGUCGUCUGUAGCUAGGAAGAGAAAGAGAAUCUUGAAGUUUUUAGGAUCCCUGGUUUCAAUGGCUGAAAUGGUUUCUGAUUCCGCGGAGAUGAUGACAGUGGUGUCUAGGGAUUUGAAGGAGUUUUUGGAGUCGGAUUCGGACGAAAUCCCGAAUAGUUUGAGGCAGUUGUCGAAGAUUACUCGCUCUGCAGAGUUUUCUGAGUCAGUAGCUCGUCUUUGCCAGUCGAUGACGGUAGGCGUUUUGAGGGGUUAUAGGGUAGAGAAUAGCGCGAGUAACGUUCAAGAAAAUGGUGAUUCAAGCUUUUCUGAUAGGCUUAUCGAUAAGGUGAUGUCGGAUGCUGGUGCAGGAUUUGUCUCGGUUGUUGUUGGUAGCUUUGCUAGGAAUCUGGUGUUGGGAUUCUAUGCUAGUAGUGAGAAUGGCCACUCGGGUGUGAUCCAUGAGAAGUCAGGUUCCUCAUCGUGGUUAAGUGUGGUGUCGGAUGAUAAAUGCAGAGUGUUGGUUGCUGAUUGCAUCAAGAAUUUCGUUAGCUCUGCUGUUACAGUUUACCUCGACAAAACCAUGGAUGUCAACGUUUAUAAUGAGAUGUUCUCUGGCUUGACUAAUCCUAAGCAUCAUACUAAGAUGAUUGAGUUCUUCGUCUCCCUUUGUAAUGGGGCUGUCGAAACUCUUGUAAAGACCUCUCACCAAGUACUGACAGCUUCUCCUAAAAAGGAAUCAAGUGAAGCUUCAAGCUUCGGAAACAAGAUAGGAUUUGAAGCAGAGACUCAUUCUAGAAAGAACUGGAAUGGUUCUGUUGAUCUUCAGAGUAACGGAUGGGUCAGGAGCGUUUCAUCAACACUGGCUGUACCGAGCAAUAGAAAGUUUGUGCUUGAUGUCACCGGGAGAGUGACAUUUGAGACAGUCCGAUCUGUCAUUGAGUUUUUCUUGUGGAAAGCAUCCGAGGCCUUGAAAAAGAGUGCUAACGUGGUUCAUGAAAAUGUUGUGGAACGAGGAUAUGAAGUUGUGAGAUACGUUGGGGCCAAAUCCACCCUUAUCCUCACCAUUUGUCUCUCGUUGUUUCUGCAUAUCAUAGGCAGCAGUAGGGCAUUGGUGGCUGCUUAACGUGACCGCGUUCGUCUAUCAUCUCCAACGUCUUAUCUCCUCCCACGUCUCUGCGUACGUGGUCUCAGAUCCUCAAGAACUCAAGGAACUUCUUGUUUUACAUAUUGGUUGUGUGUGAAAGCAAUUCUAUAUACUACUAGUUCUUGGCUACAUGGUGAAAAUUCAUAGUACUUAUUUACAUGUUUUAUAAAUUCGUCUAUUAUAUUUACAGUGUAGAAUAUAUAUAUUUUUUUUAACAAUUUGAAGUGCCUUAUACUGUCAGUGGACAUGAAUUUGUACAGAAAUAUUUGAUGACCACUUAUGCUUAUUUGUAGAUAUAGUAACGUUAAUUUAGAGAUUUGAUGAUGAUU